CAGACACUGUUUGCACAUACUACGCGUGUAACGCGCUCAGCUCUCCUAUUGGUCAGUCUCUUUGGGCUUGAGAUCCAACUGCAAACGUGUCCCUCUUGUAUAGAUACAAGACAUUAAUUUCCGUAAAUAAUAAAAAAUUACAAUAAAUACCAAUAACACGGCUGAAUAACAAACAUUAUAGUAGGCUAAUUAUAUGAGGUCUACAUUUAGAGGUAACACAUUUUAGUACGUAGCAGCUAAUUCUUUUCACAUUUUUUUUUUUUUUUUUUUUUGGCUGUUCUAGAAAACAACAACACGGUUUACAGCCACCUAAUCAACUGUUAAUAUAAAGGUUUACACUAAAAUGCAAUUGUCUGUAGGGUUAGUUACGUCUGGAGCUGUGUGGUGCUGCAGACCAAUAGACUGACGCUCACUAAAUUGGUCUCUAGGCAACAGUAGGAGAGACAACAAAAAAAGUUGCAAGAUCUCAAACCAUCGAUCUGUUACAUUCCCUCAGACUCAUUUGGAAAUAUUGUGAAAAUAUGCCACAAGAACGAGAUCCUUUUCCAUUCCCGCGAUAUGAGAACGAUUAUACAUUUACAGGGAGUAAGGAAAUGCAGAUAUUGCCAUACGACAAGCCAACCCACCUCGCACAAAAUGACGAACCCUGGAGGAGACUCCAUAACAGGAUGACACAGGCCAGUUCUCGCAGAAAUGUCUUUCAUUAUGACACUAAAGCACCAAAGGACAGUCUGGACAUUCAUCUAAAGUCCACAUACGAUCAUCAUCUAGGAUUAUUUCAAAACAAAAAUCAAAUCCUGACGCAGAAGGAAACUCUUGCGUUGGAUAAUGGGGCACUGAAAAACAAAGAAUUAGAAGAAUCGUUGUGUGAGACUGAAGACACACGAUUGAAAGUGUGGGUCGAUAGCCAGAAGGCUUCUAUAUACAGUAUCAAAGGGUCCAUAGAGUCUCAUCACACCGCCUCUACAAACCGAGGUUACUCUCGUAAGCACGAUGGCGGCUUUUACUCGACAUAACACAAUGCACAUGAUAUACAAGUUAAGAUGGGUUACCCGUACACCCACCAGUCGGUUGUUAAACAAUGGGUAUCAGCAAUACCACGGCCUUGAGGGGGUGGAGGCCGUUGGUAAUAAAAGAACCGUACAAAUGCC